AUGCCGAUCUGCAUUCUUCCAUGGACCACUGAGACAGAGAUUCUGCCCACUCUUCUCGACGACGUCUUCAGCCAAUUCGAGCAAUUCGAGCGAGCCGCAAGUUCGUUUCCGCUUCCCUCCCAAACAGAAAGAAAAGCGGAAACAGCUCCGGUGAGCAAUCUUGAGGUACGUGACACCUCCUACCCAACUUGGUUUUUUUGUUGUAAUAGACCCUCAAGGGGACAAUUUCAGGUUACCGAUGAGGAAUCAAAAUUAUCGUUCUCAGUAGAUGUUUCCGAAUUCAAACCAGACGAGCUGACAGUGAACAUCGAUGGUCGGACGCUCACCGUUGAAGGCAAGCAAGAAAUAACUAAAGCCUCUGAUUAUAUGAGAAGGUCACUCCUUCAACGAUGGACUCUUCCAGAAGAUGUUGACGUCGAGCAGAUCCGAUCCACCCUAUCUGAAAACGGUCAGCUGGCCAUCGAGGUGCCCAAGCCGAAACCAUCCGUCACUGCCAGAACCAUCCCGAUCCGGAAGGCUGCCCAUCGGCCGUAA